CCAAUGGCUUAUGGUUUCCAUUUCCUCCUUUUCAUAUUCUCUACUUUUUCUAUAAACCUUCAUGCAUGCAAAGAAACUGAACGCAGCUCUCUUCAGUCAUUCGACAUCACAUUGUCUACUUCGAUUCCUCUAAAUUGGACGUCAGGAAAUUGCUGCCAUUGGGAGGGCGUCUCUUGUGAUCUGGGUGGUUCGGUCACUCAUUUGAGCUUACCUUCCAAAAGACUCAAACUCAAAGGAGGUAAUUUUCCUUCUUCCUCACUUGAAAAUCUUACAAAUCUCAUCCACCUCAACCUCUCUCAUAAUUCACUUUCUGGUUCGAUAGAGCCAAGUAGUGGCUUCUUCUUGUACUUGAGUCAUCUUGAGGUCCUUGAUUUGAGCUAUAACUUUCUCUCCGGAGAGCUUCCACUUUCUCUACCAUCUAUCAGUAUUCGGAUUGUGGAUUUGUCCAACAAUAACUUUCACGGUGCAAUUCCAUCUUCAUUUUUCCGACAAGCUAGCAAUCUGACUAGUUUUAGUGUCAGCAAUAAUACAUUGUCCGGGUCUAUCCCCUCAUCAGUUUGUCUUAGUUCUUCACCCUUGAUUAGGUUAUUAGACGUUUCCUUCAACAAUUUCAAUGGUAGCAUAUCUCAUGGAAUAGGGGAGUGUUCCCAACUGAAGGUUUUUCGUGCCGGGAACAAUAACCUUUCGGGAUUCCUGCCAGAAGAUAUCUAUAAUGCUACCAUGCUUGAAGAAGUUGCAUUGCCUUAUAACUCGCUUUAUGGAGUCAUUAGCGAUAAAAUUGUCAAUCUCACCAACCUUGCAAUUCUUGACCUCCAGUUCAAUAAUUUGAGUGGCAUGAUUCCCCAACACAUAGGAAAACUCUCCAAGUUGAAACUCUUGUUCCUUCAUUUUAACAAUCUUGAAGGUUCUCUACCCCCAUCUCUGAUGAAUUGCACUGACCUUAGGGAGUUAAAUCUCGGAAUCAACCAUUUGGAAGGAAAUAUUUCUACCCUUAAUUUUUCGAGUCUAAGUCAACUUAGUAAACUUGAUCUGGGUCAGAAUCAGCUCACUGGUAUCUUACCAAGUAGCCUUUACUCAUGCAAGUCUCUUAAAGCAAUUCGACUGAGUAGAAACGAUCUAGAAGGAGAAAUUAACCCUGAAAUUAUAUCAUUGACAUCCUUGUCCUUCCUCUCGCUUGGGUUCAAUAGGUUGACCAAUAUCUCAAAGGCACUGAGGAUAUUGGGGCGUUGCAAAAGUCUUGUAUUCCUAUCCUUCGCAUUUGGUUUUCAAGGUGGAGAAUUACCAGCUGAACUUAGCGUGGUUGAUUUUGGUGGACUUCAAAAUCUUCGUCUCUUGUCUUUAAGUGAUUGUGGCUUCACCGGUCAAAUACCUGUAUGGUUAUCUAAGCUCAAGAAGCUAGAGGUAUUAGACAUGUCUUUUAAUCGUAUCACUGGUUCCAUUCCUAGUUGGUUGGGGAAUCUUUCACGGCUCAAUUUCUUGAAUUUGGAAGCCAAUCUAAUUUCCGGUGAACUCCCAAAGGACCUUUGUAGGCUACCGGUGUGGGUAUCCGGAAAGGCUGCUACUCAAGAAGAUGAUGUCGUGCUAGAAUUGCCUGUCUAUGGAUCCCGAGGUCCAACGGUGUUUGUACAAUUCACAUUGUCUUACAUUCCUCCUGCAAUGGACUUAAAGAGUAACAACAUUAGUGGUAGCAUACCUAUUGAGAUUGGCCAACUGCGGCUUCUCCGUAAUUUGGAUCUUAGCAACAACAACUUCUCAGGAAACAUUCCAGAGCAGAUAUCAAACAUCAAGAACAUGGAGACAUUGUACCUUUUCAAUAAUCAUUUGUCUGGGAAAAUUCCGUCGUCCCUAGCGAGGCUUAAUUUUCUGAAAGACUUCAAUGUUUCAUACAAUGACCUUGAAGGUGAAAUACCAACAAGCACUCAGCUCCAGAGCUUCAGUUCCUCGGCGUUUGAGGGGAAUCCCAAACUUUGUGGCGCUCCACUUUCGACCGAGUGUCGACCAGCUAAGGGCAAGGAUGCAAAGGACAAUGAAGAUAGUAGGGAGGAUGAGGAUGAGGAUGAAUAUCAAGUUCCAUGGUUGCAUGUUUCUGUUAUUCUCGGAUUCAUUCUGGGAUUUUGGGGUUUUUGUGGGCCUUUGCUGCUUAACAAGAAGUGGAGAUAUGCAUACAUCAAAGUCCUGGACAAUGCUCAGGAUAGGAUUUAUGUGAUGGUAAUUAGAUGCAUGGCCAAAAUGCAGAGACGGUUUAGAACCUAG